GUGCGGGGGGCAGGUCUGCAGUGCCGCUUCCCCUGGUACCGGGAGGAGCAGUCGCCGCUGCCGCCUCAGCCCUGUGGCUGGACCCCCUCCCUCACCCGGGGACUCCCUGACCCGGGGAACCAAGCUCAGGUCUUCAGAACCUCUCAGAAGAAAAAUAGGCAGCCCUCCCUGAAAUAUCUUGGCUCCUCAGUUUAGCCUCUCCAACCUGGCUCCCCAUCCCCAAUCCCUCUCCCUCCCCCUCCCCCACUCACCCUACUGAACCUGGUGCAGAACAAAGCUCCUUUCUGCCUUUCCCCCCAUCUGGACCUCACGGGCCAGGCCCUAGCUCCUCUCAGUCUGAGCCCAAAGAUAUUGGAACACAGUUCAUCUGGAGAGAGGGUCUUCUUGACGCCUCCGAUUCACUGAGCAAAGGGCUGAAAAAGAAGCAGAGAGUAAGGUAGAUCCAGUGAAGUGCCCCAAGCCCCAUCAUGGAAGAAGGCUUUCGAGACCGAGCAGCGUUCAUCCGUGGGGCCAAAGACAUUGCCAAGGAAGUGAAGAAGCACGCGGCCAAGAAGGUGGUGAAGGGCCUCGACAGAGUCCAGGAUGAGUAUUCCCGAAGGUCCUACUCGCGCUUUGAGGAGGAGGAGGACGACGACGACUUCCCUGCCCCUGCGGACGGCUAUUACCGCGGAGAAGGGGCCCAGGAUGAGGAGGAAGGUGGCGCUUCUAGUGAUGCCACCGAGGGCCACGAUGAAGAUGAUGAGAUCUACGAGGGAGAAUAUCAGGGCAUCCCCCGGGCAGAGUCUGGGGGCAAAGGCGAACGUAUGGCAGAUGGGGCACCCCUGGCUGGAGUGAGAGGGGGCUUGAGUGAUGGGGAGGGUCCCCCUGGGGGUCGGGGGGAGGCGCAGCGGCGUAAAGAUCGGGAAGAAUUGGCUCAGCAGUAUGAAACCAUCCUCCGGGAGUGUGGCCAUGGCCGCUUCCAGUGGACACUCUACUUCGUGCUGGGUCUGGCGCUGAUGGCAGAUGGUGUAGAGGUCUUUGUGGUGGGCUUUGUGCUGCCCAGUGCUGAGAAAGACAUGUGCCUGUCGGACUCCAACAAAGGCAUGCUAGGCCUCAUUGUGUACCUGGGCAUGAUGGUGGGGGCCUUCCUCUGGGGAGGCCUGGCUGAUCGGCUGGGUCGGAGACAGUGUCUGCUCAUCUCACUCUCAGUCAACAGCGUCUUCGCCUUCUUCUCGUCCUUCGUCCAGGGUUAUGGAACCUUUCUCUUCUGCCGCCUCCUUUCCGGGGUUGGGAUUGGCGGUUCCAUCCCCAUAGUCUUCUCCUAUUUUUCGGAGUUUCUGGCGCAGGAGAAACGUGGGGAGCAUUUGAGCUGGCUCUGUAUGUUCUGGAUGAUUGGUGGAGUGUAUGCAGCUGCAAUGGCCUGGGCCAUCAUCCCUCACUAUGGGUGGAGUUUCCAGAUGGGCUCUGCUUACCAGUUCCACAGCUGGAGGGUGUUUGUCCUCGUGUGUGCCUUUCCCUCUGUGUUUGCCAUUGGGGCUCUGACUACGCAGCCGGAGAGUCCCCGCUUCUUCCUAGAGAAUGGGAAGCAUGACGAAGCCUGGAUGGUACUGAAGCAGGUUCAUGACACCAACAUGCGAGCCAAGGGCCACCCUGAGCGCGUCUUCUCAGUGACCCACAUUAAAACGAUUCAUCAGGAGGAUGAAUUGAUUGAGAUCCAGUCUGACACAGGAACCUGGUACCAGCGCUGGGGAGUACGGGCUUUGAGCCUGGGGGGUCAGGUUUGGGGGAAUUUCCUCUCCUGCUUCAGUCCAGAGUAUCGGCGCAUUACGCUGAUGAUGAUGGGUGUGUGGUUCACCAUGUCUUUCAGCUACUAUGGUUUGACUGUCUGGUUUCCCGACAUGAUUCGCCAUCUCCAGGCUGUGGACUAUGCAGCCCGAACCAAAGUGUUCCCAGGGGAGCGAGUGGAGCAUGUGACGUUUAACUUCACACUGGAGAAUCAGAUCCACCGAGGGGGACAGUACUUCAAUGACAAGUUCAUCGGGCUGCGUCUGAAGUCAGUGUCCUUUGAGGAUUCCCUGUUUGAGGAGUGUUACUUUGAAGACGUUACAUCCAGCAACACAUUCUUCCGCAACUGCACGUUCAUCAACACUGUGUUCUAUAACACUGACCUAUUUGAGUACAAGUUUGUGAACAGCCGGCUGGUGAACAGCACGUUCCUGCACAAUAAGGAAGGCUGCCCGCUAGAUGUGACGGGGACAGGCGAAGGUGCCUACAUGGUGUACUUUGUCAGCUUCUUGGGGACACUGGCUGUGCUUCCUGGAAACAUUGUGUCUGCUCUGCUCAUGGACAAGAUUGGCAGGCUCAGAAUGCUUGCUGGUUCCAGUGUGUUGUCCUGUGUGUCCUGCUUCUUCCUGUCUUUUGGGAACAGCGAGUCAGCCAUGAUUGCUCUGCUCUGCCUUUUUGGGGGAGUUAGCAUUGCAUCCUGGAACGCGCUGGACGUGCUGACUGUUGAGCUCUACCCUUCUGACAAGAGGACUACUGCCUUUGGCUUCCUGAAUGCCCUGUGUAAGCUGGCAGCUGUGCUGGGGAUCAGCAUCUUCACAUCCUUUGUGGGCAUCACCAAGGCUGCUCCCAUUCUCUUUGCCUCGGCUGCUCUUGCCCUUGGUAGCUCUCUGGCUCUGAAGCUGCCUGAGACCCGGGGACAGGUGCUGCAGUGAGGGAUGGGGGCUGUCUCAGGGGCUUUAGGGAUGGCAGGCACACUGUGAGACCAAUAAUUCCUUUUAUCCCUACCCUGCCCUGCUGUCCUGGUCCUCACUCCCGUGUUUGGUGUCUUAGCUGUGUGUGCCUGUGUGCAUGUGUGUGACCCUGAUGGGCAGGGACUACAGGGACGGUCCCUUCGUUCCACUUUUGGGAUGAGGUACUCCUUACCUGCUGCCACCCUCAACUUUGCACAAGGAGAAGGCUGCGCUGCAUCCUUCUCUCCCCCAGUGUUAGCAGGGGGGCUGUUUCCCUGCUCCAAGGGUUCCGAAACUUCUGCCUUCCCCUUCAUUCCCUCCGCCUAGGCCCUGGUGAAUCACAGGUAUGGAGUUAUAAUGGGGGCUGAGGCUUGGACCAAAAGAACUUCUUGAGUGGGAAGGCCUUGGGUGCCCUCUAGCCUCCCAAGGAUGCUGGGGAGUAGCAAUAAACCUCAGCCCUCUGGCCACCAUUUUCACCUCAAUUCAGGCUACAAGUGUGAAGCCUGGAUUUUAUGGAAUUAGUUUUCUGAGUUUUAUUUAUAUGUAAGUUCUGAGGCAGCUUAGCUGGACUGUGUGUGGAUGCAUACAUACACUCGUGUGUGUGCGCGUGCGCAUGUGUGUGUGUGUACCAUGGGGUAGGGGUACCACUCUACUGUUCAAAUAUAAGCCAAGAGUAGUAGUUUCAGUGAACACACACAACACUGUUUUUCUAUAGUACCUCCCAGAAUCUUGUAUCUGUGCUGGGGCUGGAGGCAGAACCCCUAGGCCGGGCUGGGGAUGAGUCCUGCAAUCUUGGGGGACCUGAGGGCACCUGACAAGGACUCACUCUCUCCUUGAUCUAGAGAGGUUCUACCCACUAGCCACAGCCCUCCAUCUGACCUGUUCACACAGGCAGUGGACCAGAGGAAAGAAAGGGAGAAUAACCAGGCACGUAUGGUCAAACCAGCAGGUCCGAAAGCACAAGGAGCUGGGGCAGGAAGCAGGGGUCCGUCCCUAGCCCUUCUCAAAAAGGCUGGGUCAUGAGGGACCCCUAAUGCAGGGACCAGAAGCCUCAGUUUCCCCGUUUUGCCCUUCCACAGAACAGCCUCGUAGGUAGAGCUGCCCCCGUCCUACCCUACUCUGUGUGGCUGCUUUCUUUGGUACUCUCUCCCCACUCCCACCGUAGCUGUGAUGUGUUGUAGUUUUUAGCUGUUUGUAAAAUGUUAAAAAAAAAAAAGUUAAAAGGAAGUUAAACUAACC